AUGGUAUCUGCAUCGGGUCCCGUCACGCAAAGACGCAGAUCGUCUUCCGAUCCGUCGAAACCACAUGAGCUCGAGCCAGGGAUUACUGAGAGUACUUUGGUGCACGAGUCCCUACAAAGUGGCAUUGCCCUGCUAAGAGUCACGAGGAAGAAGGUCCGUGAAAGAAUCUUCAUGCUUCACCUGGAUUCGGCUCUGGUGACGUGGGACACGAAGAGCACAAGUCGAUUCGCUAUCGACGAUAUCAAGGAAAUCAGGUGCGGCAGCGAUGCUCGGAAUUACCGUGAGCAGUUCAAGAUCAGUACGGAGCAUGAACCUCGCUGGAUGACGAUCAUCUACGCGCAAGACAGGAAGCUGAAGGCGCUGCACCUGAUUGCGCCCACAACGAAAACACAUGAGUUGUGGAGGUCCACCUUGGAGCGACUUUACCGCUACCGAGUAGAAAUGAUGGGUGGUUUGGGAUUGCUGGGCAGACAGAGUUUAACAUUGAUUACUCGCCAGUGGAGGGAAACUGAGAAGACCCAUGAUUCGCAUCUUACGUUCGAAGAAGUCGAACGGCUUUGUCGGAAAUUGCAUGUCAACACGAGUCGGGCUUAUCUGAAAGGGCAGUUCGAUGAAGCAGAUGAAAACACGACUGGUAAACUUUCUUUUGCGCAGUUCCAGCAAUUCGUCAAGCGUCUGAAAGAACGUCGGGAAGUAGUCAACCUCUUCCGCAAGCACGCAGCCAAUCAUGCCGCCAUGACUGUUGAUGAAUUUGUGAUGUUUUGCAUCGAUGUGCAGAAAAACACUCAAGGACCUGAUGAACUCUGCAAGGUUUACGCGAAGUAUUGUGACAAAUGUAACGACGAGCAGUUCGACGAACAGGAAGCCUCUUCUUGCGCAUUAACGGUUGAAGGCUUUACUCGUUUUCUGCACUCGCAUGACAAUCCCAUCUUGGUCAGCACGGUGCUGGAUAUGUCACGACCGCUAAACGACUACUUCAUCUCGUCUUCACACAAUACCUACCUCUUGGGUCGACAGGUGGCUGGUGAGAGUUCUGUCGAGGGCUACAUCCGAGUUUUGCAGAGAGGUUGCCGCUGUGUCGAAAUUGACUGCUGGGACGGGCCGGAUGGACCAGCGGUAUUUCAUGGGCGCACGUUCACGAGCAAGAUCAAGUUCGUGGAUGUCGUACAAACGAUCGCAAAAUAUGCGUUUUUGGUGACCCCAUUCCCUUUGAUCAUAUCGUUGGAAGUACACUGUAAUGCGGAACAACAACAGACCAUGGUUGAUUUACUACGGAGUAACCUUGGAGAAGCGCUUGUGACGGAACCUAUCCGCAACGACGAUGGCAAGCUCCCUUCGCCUAUGGAUUUGAAGCACCGGAUUCUUCUGAAGGUCAAGAACCACUCGAUCGAGGAUCCGGAUGACUCCUACUUUAUUGACUCUUCAUCAACCUCAACGACUGAUACGGCAGAAUCUGAUACGCUUGACAGCGAAGCAGCGAGACCUGUUCUGCCCUCCACGUCUAAGCCGUCACCGAAGCCGAAACACAGGGCGAAGAUUAUCAAACCGUUGGCCGACCUUGCAGUCUACUCAAAGGCCCUCAAAUAUCGGAACUUCUCUCUGCCUGAGUCGAAAACGUAUAAUCACAUCUUCUCGUUCUCUGAACGAACGUUCAAGCAAGUGAGCAAAGCUGUGCCUGCUCAGCUAAUGAAGCAUAAUUCGCGGUACCUCAUGCGAAUUUAUCCAUCGGCGUAUCGCAUCAGCUCGUCGAACUUUGAACCUACAAGGUUCUGGAGGAAAGGUGUACAGAUGGUUGCAUUGAACUGGCAGACAUAUGACCUUGGUCUGCAAAUGAACGACGCUAUGUUCGCAGCGGAUCGAACUGGGUAUACCGUCAAACCGCAGUACUUAUGGUCAUCUGAAAUUCAGAAAAGUGUACCUACUCCAUCUCGGACUGUGCUACUCAAGCUACAGGUUAUCUCUGCUCAGCAGUUGCCACGGCCGCGAGAUUCACGGGCUGACGUCGUCAUCAACCCAUGUGUUGAAGUUGAGGUCUUCGCCGACGAUAGUGCGACGGAACAGCUACAAACGCUGAAGAAGCGCACGCAUACGUUUCACAACAAUGGUUUCAAUCCUGUGUGGGAUGAGUCUUUCAGGUUUGAGCUGCCAGCAUGCAGAAACAAGGACCUUGUCUUUGUGAGGUUUUCGGUCUACAACGACGAUGGGCAUUCGAACGCAGGGACUUUGUUUGCGACAUAUUGCGUGAGACUCCGUGACUUAGGCCAAGGGUUUCGUCAUGUUCCCUUGUCGGACUUGCAGGGAGAGCAAUUCCUAUUCUCUACAUUAUUCAUCAAAGUGGGACAUUCUUCGCGUUCAUAA